CCCUAGGUGGAUGGAACAGUGCCUACUAAAUAGUAUAGUUUCGAUGAGGGUAAAGCUUAAUGAAGGCUUAAUGAUUCAUGCGAGGGGAAGUCAUCUCUGAUCCAUCGCCUCCAAGAACUAAACGUAAAGGUUCCACGAACACGUUAUCCAUGUCCUCCUACGACUUCCCAUCCGUUGUCCGAACCCCCAGUGCCACCCCAAUGACGGGUGUUCUACCCUAUGUCGCCGACAAGACAAUCACCCGCCAUCUGGGUGCAGCAGGCGGGGGCCAUGCCAGGUCCUACUUCAACCCAGCCACCAACAGUGUCAACGCUCGCUACACCCAUUCCGACUGGUCCCUCUCCAACAACGUCAACUUCAGUAUGUCUGAGAAGGAAAGGGCGUUCGCCGAGCGGGUGCGUGCUGAUGCCUGGCAGACUGUGAAGGAGACGGAUGCACAGACCAGGAACAGACAGACUGACGUCACCAAGAGGCUAGGGGAUCGAGUGUAUGACAUCGCCUUUUGGAAAACGGAACUCAAUAAUGAGAUCAGCGCUAUGGCCACCGAGACUGAGAACCUGAAGGAGUACAAGCGCACCCUGGAGAAGGCUCUAUCUGACACCGCCAACCCCCUGCACGUGGCCGAGGAGUGUCUCAUGCACAGGGAGAAGAGGCAGGGCAUUGACCUCGUCAAUGAUGAAGUUGAAAAGACUCUCGUGAAGGAAGUUGACGUCAUCAGGAGGUGCCAGGGUAAGAUGAAGCAGGUCCUGGAGAAGGCUUUCGUCCAGAUCAAGAUGAACCGCUCUGCCCAGCACGCUCUGGAGAUUGACGCCAAGGACAAACACCACGCCCAGAACCUGGAUGACCGCAUGCAGCAGCUCAGGAACAGUACUGGCGGCAUCGGCUACUACCCCGGCAUUGAGAGCAUCGACAACACAAUCACCCUCCCCGUGUCCUGGGCGCAGUACACCCAACAGAACAUCUCCCGCUCCCAGAAGGAGAGGGCGUCGUCGGAGAAACUCCGCGGUGCCAUUGACACCUGCCUCCGUGAGUGCGCCACCAACAUGUGGAGCAACUUCAAUACUGUCAACAACAACUUCAACACCAGAAUCCGAGAGUCAGAAGACGCUAGAAACAAACUGCAGGCUCACUUGCAGAGGACCAUGCAGGAGAUCUUUGACAUGGAGAAGAACAUCGAGCUGCUGAGGAAGGCCAUCAAGGACAAGGAGGCGCCAAUGAAGGUAUCCCAGAGUCGUCUUGACGAGCGAACCAGGAGGAUUAACGUGGAGCUCUGCAACGACCCCGUCAUGAUCUCACUGCAAAAUGAAGUGCGCGAGAUCCGCGAGUCUGUCCGCAUCCUGAAGGAGCGUCUCAAGUCCUCCGAGAUGUCUCUGGCGCGUCUCAUGAAGACCAAGGCCACUCUAGAACACGACAUCUCCGUCAAGGACAACAGUCUCCGCAUCGACUCCCAGUGGUGUAUGGGAAUGAGGAAAGGGUUCCCCAUGGACCCCAAAGUUGGACCCAUAUUCCAGAUGCCUACCUGCUAGGGACGUGCACACCAGCCCAAGGAUAAACCGACUCUAGUCAGUCAAUCAGCAUUUACUCACCUGAGUCCUAGUUAACCUGUUAUACAUCAGCAAGUACAUUGUAAAUUAUCACACCGACCUGGUCUUUUGACCUUGUUAGUUGAACAUGUUUAUCAAAUAAAAUGUGAUAAAACAA